UCAGUUGUGCUUACAAACAAGGAAAUCUGAACCUUGGAGUGGAUCGAUAGUCUCUAGGUUUCCUGACAGGGAGGUUAGGCAGCGCUCAAAUAAGGUAGUUUGAUAUUGAAUCAUAGAGUAAAACCAAGUAUAAGUCAUCAUGACAUCUCUGUUUAAGAAGAAGACAGUCGACGAUAUCAUUAAAGAGCAGUCCAAAGAGCUGAGAGGCACCCAGAGACAAAUCACCAGAGACCGAGCUGCCCUGGAGAGACAGGAGAGGCAAAUGGAAAUGGAAAUCAAGAAAAUGGCCAAGACUGGAAACAGCGAAGCCUGCAAGAUAUUAGCCAAACAACUUGUACAGCUUAGAAAACAGAAGAACCGAACCUACGCCGUAAGCUCUAAGGUCACCUCCAUGUCCACACAGACCAAGGUCAUGAAUUCUCAGAUGAAGAUGGCUGGAGCCAUGUCUACCACAGCGAAGACUAUGCAGGCUGUCAAUAAAAGGAUGGACCCCAAGAAGACGCUAGAAACGAUGCAGGACUUCCAAAAGGAAAACUUAAAAAUGGGAAUGACAGAAGACAUGAUCAACGAUACACUGGAUGAGAUCUUCGAUGAAUCUGGUGAUGAGGAGGAAUGUCAGGACAUUGUAAACCAGGUGCUGGAUGAAAUCAGCAUUGAGAUCUCAGGAAAGAUGGUAAGAGCCCCCUCAGCAGGCAAGAGCCUCCCCGGCACCUCCCCAGCGAAAUCGAAAGCAGCCACCAUCUCAGAUGCAGAGAUCGAGAGACAGCUAAAGGCUCUGGGAGUGGACUAAACUUCAUCACACUCCACAACAGUCUGCCACCAAGGACUGAGUUCAUACAGUGGGAUCAGGGAGGUCUAUGGGGAUGGUCAAGUUAUAAAUGAAGGACAAAUUAUCUUAUUAUAGGCAUGUAGAGAAUGCAAUUGGCCACUGGUCUAUAAUUGGAUUAAAUGGUCUGAUGUAUAGAGCAAAUCAUGAACUAAAAGUAAAGAAGGUUCUGACCAAUUUAAAACACUCAUAUAUGACAUACUAGUUCUCUGGCUUUUUGGCAUUUAAAAAAAUCGGAGGCGUAUAUUGUAGGGGUUUAAAGGUAGUGUCCAGUUGCUGUACCAUUAGAGGCAUCAAACAGAAUUGCAGUCUGUUUGAAUGAGCCACGGUGUCCUAUAAUACCUGGAGAAAGCUAUACAUUAGCAUUCCCAUUCAUCUUAAUGACAGUUGUUCGGACUACAGGACUACCUGCUUGUGGUCGAAGGGGAAGUAUUUGAAAACAGUCUUUUUUUUUUUUGCAAAUCUGUUUAGUGCAGCUAGUGGCACAGACUUUACACACUUCACCUUUAAAUUAAAGGGUGCUAUCUGUUGCACUUGUGGCAAUGAAUUGUCCUCUAAAUUCUUUAAAUGUAUGUAGCUGAACAUUUGGAAGAUUUUGAUAUACUGCAUGGGAUUCUUCCCAUGUGUAAUAGGGCUAAUCAUCUCAAAUAUGUGUCAUAUAACUCAUAAGAUGAUCAUUAUGUGUACAUUUAUGUCUCUUUAGGUUUUGUAUGGCUUUAGGAAGUAAGUUAUGGAAACCACUUUGCUUCACAAUGCGGUUUGAUAUGCAUUCAUUAAGAAUGUUUCUCCAAAACUGACCAGAAAUUAUCUUGCAUGAGAAUCUUUGUUGAUAUGAUAAUGAUAAUGUAAAGAAGUCUUUACUUAUCAACCUUGAAACAGUGCAACCAUUGAGACUGUUCAACAACAUUGUGGAUGUAAACUUUGGUAGGUAACAAAACAAAAUUGUAGGUUCAGAAUGGUCACAUUUAAAUUUGAAUGAUACACAGCUGGCCACAUCAGUAUUGUGAAUGAAAAGAAUAGUCAUUGUUGUGGUGUUGCAGAGAGAUGCUCAAGCUUUCCUACUGUUUGCAAUGUUUCUGAUAUCAUUAGGGUCUUACUCUACACAUGUGCUGGACUGCCAAUAGUGGGGACCCAGGUUCUGUGAUGGAGGCCAACUAUGAUCCUCUAUGAAGUUUACAAAAAUGAGGGGCUGAAUGGAAAAUGGAAAUUUAAUAGGAACUGUACAUUCAGGCAGUUUUGUACAAACUUUACUAAACUGCCUUUUGUAUGGUUUCAUAUCCUCAAAAAUUUAGGAACUCGUUAAAAACCCAUGAAUGUAAAGUAGUUGUUCUGUGAGCUCUGUAAGACCUCACAAAGCAAGUGAAUGGUGAACAGAA